AUGCCGCGAACGGCCAACAAGCCGCCGCCUCAAACGGCUGGCCGGCCCAAGAACGCCCGGGCUGCUGUUGUCCCCGUGAUUCCGCUGCCAAUUGUCCAGAAGCAGCAGUUGCAGAGACAGCAAAAGCAGCAAGAUCAGCUGCGUCUGAAGCAACAGCAGCUGGACCUUGAGAAGGAGCAGCAGGAGUCGACGAAGCAGAAGGAGACGGAGAACCAGGCGGCGGCACAGGAAGCCACGAAGCCACCCGAGGAGGAUACCAGCUCACUGAAUGGCGACGACAACCACAAGACCGUCGAACCUGCCGCUGUCGUGUCCACACCUGUCGAAAGGCCUUCUCAGUUGGUUUCCGCCUCGACCCCUCAGACUGUGGUUGGCGCAUCUGUGUCUUUGUCGUCACCUACUGCUUCCAAGACACCGCAGUCAUCGACAAAUACCACCCUGGCCGACCCGACUGUGGCCCCCUUCGUUCCUACCACGACGACAGCCGACAAGCAUGCGCCAGCCAGCGGACCUGUUGUGAGCGGAGCGUCUCAGCCUCAUAUUCCUGCAGGCCCGGCUUCUGCAGGGCUGCCGCCGAACGGUCCUGCGGUGCCAGAAUUUGUCUUCCCUCCACACUCUCGCAGCGGCUCCGCCGCUCGUCACCGUGGACCACCGAGACACAACCCCCAGUUCCCGCCGCAUCCUCAGCAUCCUUUCCACCAGCAGCACCAUCAACAUCCCGGUUUCCACCAGCCUCACCCGAGUGCCAGCAGCAUCACUUUCGGUGCCUUCCACGACUCCAACAACGUGUCGCCGGUGCCGACGGGUCACGGUCCGCUUCCGCCCCCGCCUGGUCUGAUUGGUGGCCCACAGUUCGUGCCAUACAAUAUGCCGAAUAUUGGGCCUGGCGAGUGGCAAGGGCCGCCUGGUGUGCCGCCUGGUGGUGAUGUCAACGGAUUCGCUCCUUCGUCUGCUGGCUUCAACCCCUCUACGCCCGGUAGCUUCCGCGGGUCGCACUCGCCCGACAACGUGACCGACGGACCCGCCUUUCAUCACCAAGCUGGAGGCAUCCCGCCGCCCGGUGGUCCGAAUGGACAUCUGCCUCUCCGCAACAACGACUCGAUGUCGUCGAUGAUGUCGCCGCCGUUCUUCCCGCCUUCUGGUUUCCCCAAUGCCGGCCCCGAUGAACGCCAAGGCAGGCGAGACGAUGCUCCGAACCGCGGCAUUGACUUCCAGUUUGUGCACCAUCUCCAGCAGCAGCUUCAGCACAACUUCGACAACCCGCAGACCUCCGAUUGCCACCUGAUCCUCCACUUACCGAAAGCAAACGCCAGCUCCAACAACGGCGCCGAAUUGAACGGACCAGAGCAGCAGCACGGACCGACGACCAUGUUUGCUGGCCACCGAGGUGUCCUCGCUCAGAGCCAAAGCAUCGGCCACCUCCUGCGCAGCGACGUUGGCACCAUCCACUCGGGCCCCUUCAACCGGCCGAUCCUUGCUCUGCACAUGAAGAUCGAAGACCCCUACAUCUCUGUCGAGGCGGCCGUGCAAGCUCUUCGCAGUCUCUACGGCCACCCGCUGGCAGACACCCAGUCUCUUGACAGAGCACUGUCCAAUCUGACAGCGGGCUUCAUUUUCAUGCUGGACCAUGUCGAAAGUGUGGGUGCCGAGCAGGCCGGGCGCUUGAUUGACUGGACGACGGUUGAGAAGGUGCUUGCCUAUGGGCUCAACGGUGCAUCCUUUCCAAACGCUGCCGACGGGAACACCAACCCGAACGGACCGGCUUAUGCCCAUGCCGACCUUCGCUACGGCCGUGGUGCUGGUCUGUCUGUCCGCCGCCUGUUGAGCCAAGCUCUCGACUUUGUUGUUCGCAACUUCCCUACCGAUUUCGUUUUCAACGCUGCUGUGGCCACGUCAACUGGUCCCCUCUCGACGCUUCUUCGAUUCCCUGCUGACACUACUAAGACCGCCCCUGCCACUGACGUUCCUCAAAGCACUGCAACAAAAGCGGCGAGCGAUGGUACCACAGCCCAUAUUCGCUCAGCAGGCUCCGUCAGUCUUCCUAUGCGUGGGCCCAACGACUCCUCCAACUCCAAGAAGGGUGGCCCGCGGUCGCCAAAGAUUGUGUUCGGUGGCUUUGCCGAUGAGCCCUCCAACGUGGCCCAUGGCAGCAUCAACGGUGUCUUGAGCGCUGCAGACAACAGCCAGGCUGAUGCCGCAACGGUCCUUUCGCGCAUCCUGAUCAACCUGCCUUACGACUAUCUCAAGUAUGUCCUCGGCCACUCCCAGCUCACAGCCGACCGAGCGUCCAUCACUCGUGAUAUCGUCGAAGAGCGCGAGCGCAGGCGACUGCAGGCUCUGGAAGCCAUCCACGCCGGUGACAAUCUGAACAGCCCCGAGCAGCGAGACGCCAUCCUGGGCCGUCUUCAACGUCCGACGCCGCCUCUCCACCGGGAUCACCCCAUUGAUAUCGACGUCUGGGAUGUUCUCGGCUGGAAGGAGGUCUGCCACGGUGACACGGGCGAACUUGUGCGGGUCUGGGCCCAUGCUGACGCAUCUCGUUAG